GCUCGUUCCACUCACUGCAGAGGGGCGUUUUUUACUGCAUCCAUCAAGAGCCUAGUGCUCAGUGUAGCAGAAUUGCAGUGCACUGGACUGGACAGAACCGGGAAGCAUCCAUACUGUCGGUGAGGGUGGGGUCCGGCUGCACCGAGAGACAAAACACACACGGAGGGAAAAAAGGAAUAAGGAGAGAAGAGGAGGGCGAGCACCAGAAGAGGAACACAACAAGGGAUGAAAGGAGACACCCCUGUGAACAGCACCAUGAGUGUCGGUCAGGCAAGGAAGCUGGUGGAACAGCUCAAGAUCGAAGCCAGUUUCUGUCGGAUCAAGGUAUCGAAGGCAGCUGCAGACUUGAUGGCUUAUUGCGAUGCCCACGCCUGCGAGGACCCCCUCAUCACCCCUGUGCCCACCUCAGAGAACCCCUUCAGGGAGAAAAAGUUCUUCUGUGCUCUCCUCUGAGCAGGAAAUCAGCAAGAAUCGAAUUAGCCUCAUUUAGAUGAUUGAUUUGUGUAUGCUCAUCACACACACACACACACACACACACACACACACACACACAUGAACACAACACCAAAAAUGUGAGUUUUAAAUCUCUGGUUCUGGAAUUCGAUCAUUCGACUGUGGUCAAGGCUAAACAUCCAUAACGUGUGAGGACAUUUUUGUGCUACGCUGUUUUUCGUGUUCCGUGAGAGACGCCUAGUCUCACUUUUAUUAGGCAGGUGUGCAUUAGAUAGAGAGUAAAGACGCAACUAUAACUAUAUUAAUUGGUGUAUAUGGUGAACACAUACAUACUACAUGCACAUAUGCAAGCACAUGAUUUUUCUAACCAAAUGAAAAUGAAACAAGUUUUGCGGUUGGAUGUUUUAUUAUUUCAACUCUUUCGACUACUGCGCAUUUAAGUAACAUGUAUAUUGCUUUUAUCCCCCAGACGGUAUACAAUGAUCGCGAUUUAUAAAUUCUGUAUGUUUUGGGUUUUUUAAAUCUUCUUUUUAAGUGGCUCUGUAUGCGUGUAGAUUUUUUGGUAAAGGGUACGAGAGGUUGAUUUUUUUUUUUUUGUUCGUUUUUUUUUGGGGAAUUGGCCAAAUUGGAUGCACUGAUCUACACAAUAAUUACACUUAAAAAUCAUCUGAAAAAAAAGGGGUUUACAAAAAAGCUAUCAGCGAUCUCACAAAUUCGGAAUAAGAGAUGACUGUUAGCUGUAAAAUAAAACAAAAAAGUUCACUUGUUUAAGAGCCCAAACAACUGUAAAUGGAAAAAAAAUCCCUUGUGAUCCCAUAUGAGGUUUUACAAAAAUACUGCAGACAAAAUGAAAAACUGAAAAAUAAAAAUAUCACCAAGACA